AUGACUGGCUUUAGUGGUGUCAUUAUGUUCUUAUUUACAGAAGAGUCUACAGCUGCAGAGAAAAAAAGAAAGCCUCCCCCCAGACUGAAUGUUCACUCGGCAAAAAAAAAAUCGGCAUUCUGGAUUUUGGCAUCAAUUGCCAUGACAUAUUACUUUGAGUUUUUUAAAGCCAUUAAAGAAACUAUUCAAGCAGAUAGUUGGUGGUUUGCCUCUGGCAGUUGUUUAUUGGCUGCAUGUUUGUCUGUUGCUUUUUACUGCAUAAUAUAUCUUGAAUGGUAUUGUGGAAUUGAGGACUAUGAUGCACAGUAUCCAGUACUGAUACCUAUCACGACAACUACCUUUAUUGCAGCAGCAAUAUGUUUCAACAUUGCCCUAUGGCCUGUCUGGUCAUUUAUCACACCUUUGUUGCUCUUCACUCAGUUUAUGGGUGUCGUGAUGCUUGUGUCACUCCUGGGAUAAGUCCUUCAGGCACGUUCUGGUGAGCACUGGAAGGAGAUGGGGAGAGGAAGCAGUGUGGUCUGUUAGAGCCUUGAUCAUAUUAACAGGCUAAAACAACAAUUCUUUGUUAAAUUAUUCUUAGGUGGACUUAGAAAGUAGGAAGUAAAAAUGAAUUACAGAUGUUCUGAACAGCUGAACCUUAUGAAAACACUCCGUUUUUCUAUGUGAACAAACAAGUUAAUUUUGUUAUACAGCAAAUUAUGCGCUGUACAUGCUGAUACAAAGUCAUCUAAUUAAUCAAUAUCAAGUUAGUACAACAUACAGCCAGUAGAGGAAAUAGAGUUACUGUCUUUUAAAGUUGGAUUUGGGUUGUUUUUCUUUCAGCUUCAUAUGAGGACUCACAUAGCUGUUAUCCUGCAAAGUGGAUGUCACUUAAAUCACAUUCCAGUCUUUUGAUAUAGUUUUUAAUACUGUUUUAUUUGCUAUGACUGAUACUAUAAAGACUGCCUGAUUUAAAAAUCAGAUAGAAACCAUCGUGAUUCAGCCCGUGUCUGGGAAGAAGCAACUGAUUAGCAAAGAACAGAAAGGUAGACAGGUUUUACAUCUCUUAGUAAUACAAAGCUUUUCAUCACUUUUUGUAAAGCUUUUAUUUGUAUUUUGAUUUAAGCAGAUGGGUAAUAAGUCAGUUGUAUAGUCUUAAGUCCUAUUUGCUGAAAAAUCCCAGAAUCAUGGAAUAAUUUAGGUUGGAAGGGACCUCCAGAGGUCACCUAGUGCAGCUUCUAUUAAACUUGUAAUACUAUGUGUGCUACCAUGUAGGAAAUAUUUUAUUACCUAGUUUCCUGACUUCAGAUCUGCUAGUGUUGGGGAAAAAACAUGAGGAUCUGAGUAAGGGCCUAGAAAACUGGUUGAAGUGUACACUAUUGUUAACUUGGUGGUGCCAUCAGUGAAAUAAAUGGAUUCCACUUUUGCUGAUGUGGUUUGUCCACAGCCAAAGAUGGAUGAUCAAGCUGUGAAUGACCAGCAAUAUAACGAACAUUUGUUACGCUACACAAGAAGCUAAGAGCACAAAAUAAAUUCUUCUGAUAUAUGCACUAUUUUACAGUAUUCAGGAUGUUUUUCUUCUGUAAAUUAACUUUUCAUUCUUACCAGUGCCUGUUAAUGAAGUUGCCAUUUUUCUUCCUCAGUAAUAGAGACGCUGAUAUGAACUUAAAUACCAUUAGCCUUACACAGCUGGGAAAGUAAAAUAACAUUGUUUGUUUGUUUACCUUGGUUGAGACACUUAAGUAUUUGGAAACCUGGACAGCAUCUAGUCACUAGAUCAUUUUAUAUGGAGCAUAUAUAUUGUGUUAAAUACUUUCAAACCCAUGCGUUUUGGAAGAUGCAAGAGAGUGGGUACUGAAACUUGUUAAAUAUUACUGCUUGUGACUGUUGCUUGGAGCCUGGACUGUAAGAGGAGACUACGUUCUUAAUUCUGGCUUUCAAAUUCACACUAUGGCUGAAUACACACUAUGUGAAAUGUUGAGUAAUGAGCAAGAUAAAUGAUAUCUUAAGCUGCUGCUGUUGUUUCAUUGUAUACUGAUAGCAACUUUUUUCCAACGUAAAGGAGAAAAUCCUAAUAUUCAUCCUCAAUACUCAUCUGGUCAAACCAAAAUAAAAUGUCUGCAGUAAUACUAGCUUGUAGAGUAAAUUAACAGGCUGAUCUAAUUAAAUUUAAUAUUUGAGUUUUAAAAGAAGUAGUUGUACUUAUCUUAAAGGAACAAAUUGCUUAUCUUCUGGUCUUCAUCUUUUAACAAAUUGGAACAAUUUUACAUCUGCAUAAGUAUGUAUGUUUGAAUAACUUUUGUUUAUUGUAUUUAAAUGGGCUUUUGCUCAGGGAAGUAAUUAUCACUGUGUUUGUAUUUCUCAACUGUAUAAAUGCUGUAGGUGCUUUAAGUUGCCUUGUACUCUUCAGUUAAAAUCACUAUUUGCUACAUGAUUUUUCAGAUUUAUUCUUCUGGGCAUCUUAAACUUUGUAUAAAAGUUAUCAAUUAUUGUUCAGUACUUAAUUGUUUAACCAUCUAAUUACACUGUUCUUAGGGACUCUCAGGCCAUCAGUGUGCUUGCCUAUGAAUUAGAUGUUCAUGUUAAAUACUGUACUUGGACUUGGA